UGAACCGCCUCGUGUUGGCUGUCUUUUUUUCCGUCUUGUUUCWAGGCUAAAUUGGACUAAAACGGCUUUAAACCUUUUCAACGACAAAUGGUAUAUUAGUAGUAUUAGUAGGUAUCAUAUUUUAAUCUUUGGAGGAUGAUUUAACACCUGGAUAUACGCUCUUAUUGCAAAGCUGCAAAAAUGAGGUGGGCUGUUUUUGCAGUGUACUAUAUAUGUACACUAAUUGAUCUGACAGAUGGCAAAUCAAUGCAGAGGAAUCGCGUGAGCGCAGUAGAUCUUCCUCCAGAGUCGUGUGCAGUUGAUCGAUAUAAAUGUGAUAACGGCAAAAAGUGCAUUCCCUUGAAAUGGAUUUGUGAUGGAUACAGCGACUGUCAAGACAUGCGCGACGAAAGAAAUUGCAUUCCAACCAAUCAAACAACAUUGGUUGAAAACAAAGACACUAUCAGUUCUUAUGAUUACAAAGUUUCUCCAGAAUCAUCCUGCGAUAGAAGUAAGUUCACGUGUGACAUGGGAGCGAAAUGUCUGCCGCUUACAUGGUUAUGUGACAGUAUUGAUGACUGUGUUGACAAAAGAGACGAACAUAACUGUCCAGCUAAAAAACAAGGAAUUCCGCUUGCCAAAGCUGCCGAAGAAGCCGCUAUCACUGCUGCUCAGGAAGCCAAGAGAGCCGCUUUCGCUGCUGGGGAAUUAAUGAAGAGCGCUAAAGAAGCUGCUUUAAAAGCGAGAAAAGCCAUGAAGAUAGUGACAAGCAACCUUUAGCAUAUCAGAAACUCCUUGAAAUUAGUGUGAGAAGAAAGCAUUAAAUAAUGAAAUGAAAGGACAGGAUGAAUGUGAUAUCUGCUGUUAAUCGAUGAAAACAAAUGGAUCAUCCAGAAUAAACCACUUGAAGUGAACGAAUUUAAAACGACUUUAAAUAGAAAGCAAACCAAUCCGUUCAAAAAGCAUACGUGAUGGCAAUAAAAUCCAAUAGAGAUCAUUUGAUAGCCAAAAUAAUUAUCACAUAUUUAMCCUUUUACUUAUAUGUAAUAUUUGUGAAUACAUUUUUUAAUCAUUAAAGUAUUUAUUGAAUAUAAAUGAA